GAUCUACCUCUCGAGCAAACAAGCAAUACCGUCGAAGCGCAAGACGCACUCCAAAAACGAGGUGGUAUAAGAAAGUCACGUAGCGGCAAUGCAACCUACAGGCGCUCAGAAAGACAAACAGACCAGGUCGCGAAGCAGCUGGCACAGGAGCCGACAAGGCUCGAUGCGCUGGUAUGCAAUGGGGCCUUGGGAGUCGGCAUCUACGCGAGACUUAGGAUGGGCUGGAUAGCCACAUGCACAUGAACGUCUUCUCGCGUGCGCAUCUUCACCUCACGCUCAUACUCGUUCUGCAGCAGACGUACUACUGUGUCGUCAACCACCGGGCUUCCGAUCUGCACCGCGGCGCAAAGAAUCCAUUGCCGAAAUGAAUCAUGACAUCGGUGCCGCAUACUGUACAAUCGCACCAAACUCGCGUAGAUUAUCUCUUUUGGUGAACUCUGUACGCAUCAAGGUAGGUCAAUGUUGGACUGAGACAGGCACCCAUGGCUUGCCUUGGAUCAAUGCAACGCACCCAGGCGGCGUCAACAAGUUCGGGCUGUUAAAGCAUAUGGUAAUUUGGGCAAAAUUACUGUUUCUCCUUUCAUGAAAGACCAAAUUGAUCACAGAUUCGUCCUGUCUUAGACACUGUCACAUCUCCGAACAUCGUGAAGGAUCCGAUACUAAAAUAGCAUUGUGCCUGAUCGCAAGGUACAGGAGCCGUCCAAUCAAGCUUUGAACGGCACCCUAGCUCUCAAAUUGUGAAGUUGACGAAGGAGGUGUUGGAAUCGAUGAUUGGGGAGUUGCCACACUCGAUGAAAAUGGAUGGACUCAGCUACUUCCAGCCCCUGGGCGGCCCUCGUAGGCCAGGGAGGGCUUGAAAUUCGUAAGGACGC